AUGAACUUUGAACAACUCAAUCAGCAUGUAUUUGGCGAUCGACUGGCUUCCCGCUGGCCGAGCUCAAUGUCACGCAGAGGUGAUGACAUGGCAAUGUCCGCCCUCCGAGCGCAGAAGAAAGCUCUCCGGAAGGACUUUACGGCUCGGCUCGCUCGCGUGACUGAGGCGGAGCUCGCUGCCCAAUCCCAGAGGGUCACGGAGAAACUGUUUCAGACACCGAGCUAUGUGCAAGCUGGACGAAUCAGCUGUUACACCUCGCUCAGCGUUGGCGAGAUCAGGACGGACGCCAUCAUCCGUGAUGCUCUAGCAAGAGGCAAGGCGGUUUUCAUCCCGUAUUGUCCGCCCGAGUCAAAGACGAUAAUGAGGAUGCUGCGGUUGCUCGAUGUGCACGCGUUUGACGAGCUGCAAGCCAACAGAUGGGGCAUCAGGGAGCUUGCUAGCGAUCGGCAAUCUAUAGGGGGCGAAGCGCUGGAUGAAGACGCGAUGCUUGAUAUGAUCAUCAUGCCCGGCCUUGCGUUCGAUCAGGCUCGUAACAGGCUCGGACAUGGGCGGGGCUACUAUGAUCGCUAUCUUGAUCGGUGUCAUGCGCUGGCCAGCCGGACAGCCACGCAUCCACCCCUUACCGUGGCGCUAGCUCUCACUGAGCAAAUGAGCCAUACGCCAUUGCCUGUGGACGAGCACGAUAGAAAACCAGAUAUGAUCUUGUAUGCAGGCACAUGA